GUGUCUACGAGCUCGAUAGGAUUGAAUCGAUUCAUUGUCCACUUCAGUGGGAGUAGAACCGGCGAUCCUGCCGAGGUGCCAACGAGAACGACCGUAGCCGUGAUCGCGUCGAGUGGACUCCCACCCGGGCAGUCUGGACCCAGUCCGGUCGAGUAAAGACGUCAUACCCCAUCAACCAUUCGCUUCCUGCCUUCGCUAUUCAUUAUAUUAACUCGCUCUCGUCUCUUCUUGCUGGAAGUCUUUCUUCCUCUAUCAGACGAUCAAUUCAAUACUGCCUAUUCAAUACAUCUGCCAACUACUCCUCCUUCACACAUCCAACUCUAGUCACCAACACAUCACACCUACAACAUGUCGAAAAACAGAACCGGAGUCUAUGCCGCUCUCGCCGUCGCCGGCGCAGGAGGCUACUAUCUCUACCGGGCCGGAGGCGAUCCGAAUGCCGCCAAGGAGGCGAUCAAACAUGACGCCGACCGAGCCCGCAACCAAACCCCCAACUUGAACCAGGCCGAACGAGCCGGCGAGAAGACCGGAGCGGACGCGCAGGCCCAGUUCCAGGACGCGAAAAACGCCGCCGUCGACAAGGCGCAGAACGCGCAGGCGCAGGCGUCGGGGAUCGCGCACGACGGCAUCAACAAGCUGGACGAGUACCGACAAGACGCCUCGUCGAAGCUGCGCACGAACGUCGACAAGUUCGACAACGCGGUCGAGGAGAAGGCGGCUGAGGCGAAGGGGUCGGUGUCGGGGUGGUUUGGGGGUAAGAAAUAG